AUGGCCACCAUGUUGAACGCCAGCUCUCUUCAGCCGCCUAAAACAGGCACCUCUCGCUGGUCCAAAGCUCUCCCUGAUGUCCCAGGUCCUGACGACCCAGCUUUUUACGACGACUACGACUACGACGAUCCUUCACCUCGCCUCCCUCCCACCAAAGAGUUUUCUAUGCCGCCGCCUAGGUCGACCAGCAUGGCCAAUGCGAAACCUUUGCCUCGUUCACUGCCGCCUUUGCACCUGCUCGCAGCUGCCGAUGCGCCCCCGGCCGGUCCGCCAAAGAUGGCUAUCCCACGCCGGCCUGUCGGCAAGCAGCCUCCUCUGCAACCACCUCCACCACCUCAGAAGCAGCCCGGGCACCAGCAGAAGCAGCAACCUCCACCACCGUCCCCUUCGGAGUCACUGUCAAGCAUUUUGUCUGCCUACUCCCGGAGCUCGGGCGAGUCGCUGGUCAGGUCAUCCGACGGAGCUAAUACUAACAGCGACCGUCAAAGUGAGGCAAACCCAUCCCCGAGCCGCGAAGCUCCACUUGCCAGCACCAGCACAAAGACCAGCACGCUUAUUAGUCCUGCCUCCGCCGAGCAACAUCAGCAUCAACACCAAGACCAGCAACAAUAUGCUGCACCCAAGCCGCCUGUCAAAGUUAGUCGUCCGCCGCCUCUGCCUUCCAAGGAUACCAAAUACCAUCUUCCGGCCACCCCUGCUCCGAAUCGCCCGCCUAAACCGGAGUCUAACAUCUCACCCAUCAAAUCAUCACCACCCCGAGCUCAGCAGCAGCCUCAACUCUGGCGGCGCCGGUCCAGCAAGGCCGAGCGGAGCCUCGAGCUCCCCGACCUAAAGCUUGUUACCAGCCACGGCUCAACCGCUGCGACAAAGCCCACCAUUGCCGUCGCUGCGCCAUCUCAGUCGGCCCAACAACAGCUUCCUGAAGGCGUCACCAAAGUCUCCACACUACCGAGCCAGCAGCUCGGGAGCGCAAACAAUUCAGCUCUCUCGAGUCAAGAUACUCGACAGGCGCUGGCUUCCGAGCAGGCAGCCGAGUCUCCAGUCAUGGGCAGCAACAGCUCCAAGCUCAAUCGCCUCAAGGACAAGCUCCAUCUUCAUCGCAGAGACAAAUCGUCGAGUGACACUAGCAAGUCUUCAACCCCACGGCCCGGUGCGCAAAGGCCUCCUACACCUGAAUAUCAAAAGGAAGACAUCAAAACCCCUAUUGUUGAUUCAUUUGUCUCGCCUCUGUCGCCUGCAUCGUCCCCAGAGCCUGCCGCAGAAGUAUCCCCCGAGCUUCCAAAUGACAUUCCUCAGCUUCCUCCCCAGCAGCGAGCCAGGGCGCCCUCAUCCGCCAGCAUUGAGUCCAAGCCCAUUACUCGCAAGGCUCUUCCCCAACCAAAGCUCCCGAGCCCAGUCGAGACCAAACCGCAGCCUGAGCCAAGUGCCAAAGUCGAAUCACCGGUGAUAGGAUCGCUCCCACCGUUGGUCACUGACUUUGCCGGAAAUCGAGGAUCAGCCGGUAGCGACUCUGCGUCGAACCGUACGCAGCCUCCUGCAGAUGUACCCACUCGGUUUCCGCCACGGCACUCGUCUGUGAGGUCUAAUGCUCCGCCCCGACAGCUUGUAGUGGAUCAAGAUCCAAGGCUGGUACAAUCUGAAUCACAGGGACUUCUCUACAAAGGCCGAGAUGGGACCUUGUACCCCGAGAUGAAGGUUCUACGAGAACCCGACCCGCAAGCGGCUUACUUCCCCAAACAAGCCGACUUCCCCAUAGCCGAGGGCACUGUCAUCAAGGCACCGCCGUUGAAGGAAUCUCACUUCAACUGUUACCAUGGACACAGGACGAUGAACCGUCGAACCAACAGGCACUACCCCCUAACGUGCCAGGGUUGCGAGAAGUCGGAUGUCGAAGAUCGAUGGACAUGCACGUUUUGCCAUUUACGAAUCUGCGAAUCUUGCCUCAAGAAACUGAACAGCAAUGGAAGAGAUCUACGACGAUUGACAGACGAGACGAAGCAAACGUCGUGA